UCGUUCGCGAUGACCCCACCAAGACACCUUGACAUCGAUCAUCUCUAAACCCCAUCCCGAUGGCGACCGGUAUUUUACGCCUGCACCAAUGCCCACCUCCACUCCCUCACCGCACCGCUUCCUAGUACCCCAACCUCGCUCUACGGCAAAGCCAGGUCCCAAACCGUCCUCUAACCUCUGCCACGUUGUCUCAACGCAAACACCGGAACGACAUCGAACAAAAAGUGAAGAUACACCAGCACCGAAUCCACAGCGACUUACGGCUACCAGGCGCUUUGUGCUCACCCCAAAGGCUGCGUCGCGUGGCACAACGGCGCAAUGGGAAAGGGAAGCAGGUCUGGCUGCGCCAAAAGCGAAACCGCGGCCAACACUUCAAAGCCAUGACAGCAUAGACGAGACUUCCGAAGGCAGUCCAUCCACUUCUCAAAAUUCCCAAUUGCUACUGGAUACUGGGCCACCGCCACAUCUCGAUGAGACCGCUGAUGAUGAAGACGAAGAACUUCUAUUUCGUCCUCAACACUAUGAGCAGCACAACAAGCGUCGUCGCCUCUCUCCUAAACCGUCAACUCCAGCACCGCCCCACCGCUUUCUCGUCCCUUGCCAGUAUCCUACAACUUCACCCUCAAUAUCGACUACUCCAGGACCCGUCCCCUCACGCUCGCAUUUCCUCCUCCCCGCGCAUCCUCCCUCGCCUGCAAAACCUAGCGCACCUUUGCCGGAGACUUUUUCACCGUCGCGAAAAGGGAACAAGUUUAUUCCAGGAGGGUUGGCGUCGACGCUCCAGUCUUGGAUUAUCGAGACGGCGAAUGCGGGGUAUCAGACACAGACUAAGGAUACCGUUGUCUGGGGCAGGGAGAAAGAGGAUGGGGUGAAGCUUAGGGUUCGCAUAGAAGAGGUCAUGUUUGGGAAGGAUGGGUUAAGGGGUCGUGGGACUGAUGAAGGGGUUGAUUGUUUCCCUGGUGGGGUGGUUUUUGUGAAAGGAGGUACCAACAUUGGAACGGACUGUUCGUUGCAAUCACCUGCAGUGGAAGAUUGCAGAAGGGUGAGGGUGCUGCUUGCAGGCAAUGGAGGUGCCAGCAGGUCUAAGCGGGUGAGGUUGCAUGCGAGGGACAUAGUAGGCAUUCGAGCACCGUUGUGGGAAGUUGAUGUUGGGAAUAAGAAGUGGAUGGUAGGCGUGGACUGGGCUAUUUUAUGAUGAACGAGAAUUACGAUCACAUGAAAUGAGGAGCUGUAAUAGCUCCAUGCUGAGAGGAUGUAAAGCAAUUGGAUCUCCAAAUUCGAUAUAGUACCAAUAUAGAUUCGCCAAU